UCGUAUGAUUUUGAUUAGUGUUAAAUUAAUCUUCGUCAGUAAGAGACAAGUACAGACGUUGAUGGCUAAAAGCCAACUAAUAUAAUUUAUCAAUUUAAUAAAUUUAUUCAAUUAACAUGUGGAUAUUAUUUAUUUUUGCAUUAAUUGGCAUAACUUCGUGUAUAAAUGUCGUUGAUCCAUCGAUAAAUAGUACGAGUUAUGGAUUUGAAGUUGAUUAUGAAAACAAUCAAUUUUUACUUGAUGGUAAACCAUUUCAAUAUGUAUCUGGAAGUUUUCACUAUUUUCGUACACCAAGAGCUUAUUGGCGUGAUAGAUUAAGAAAAAUGAGAGCUGGUGGUCUCAAUGCAGUGUCAACUUAUGUUGAAUGGAAUCUUCAUCAACCUCAACCAAACAUUUGGAAAUGGACAGAUGAAGAAGAUGUUGUUGCAUUUUUAAAAAUAGCUCAAGAAGAAGAUCUUUAUGUUUUACUAAGACCCGGUCCAUACAUUUGUGCUGAGAGAGAUGCAGGUGGUUUACCACCCUGGCUAUUGACGCUUGUACCAGACAUUAAAUUACGAACAAAUGACACAAGAUAUUUGAGUUAUGUAGAAACAUAUUUAAAUACCUUAUUGGAACAAGUGGAACCCAUGCUUCGUGGUAAUGGUGGUCCAGUAAUAAUGGUACAAGUUGAAAAUGAAUAUGGAAGUUUUCAUGCAUGUGAUACAGCAUACAAAGAACGUCUUCGUGAUAUAAUAUCAGCUCAUGUUGGAACAAAAGCACUAUUAUAUACAACUGAUGGUUCAACUGAAAGUGCAUUGAAGUGUGGUAAAAUACCUGGUGUCUAUGCAACAAUUGAUUUUGGUGCAUCAAGUGAUCCUGUUGCUACAUUUCCUGUAAUGCGAAAAUUUGAACCAAGUGGUCCAUUAGUCAAUUCAGAAUAUUAUUCUGGUUGGUUAACUCACUGGGGUGAAGUUUUUCAACGUGUACCAAUUUAUCGUGUUACCAAAAAUUUAAAAACUAUGCUUGCCAUGAAUGCAUCAGUUAAUAUUUACAUGUUUUAUGGUGGAACAAAUUUUGGUUUUACAGCUGGUGCAAAUGGUGGUGAAAAUGAAUUUUCACCUGAUAUAACAUCUUAUGAUUAUGAUGCACCUUUAACUGAGGCUGGUGAUCCAACUGAUAAAUAUUUUGCCAUACGUGAUAUAAUUGCUCAAUUUUUACCAAUGCCUAAUAUUCCAUUACCAACUGUUAAGCCAAAAGGUGAUUAUGGAUCUGUUUUUUUAGCACCAAUUGCUAAAUUUUUGGAUAAAGAUAUAUUAAAAGAAAUGUCAGUAACAGCUGGAACAUAUGAUGAGCCACCAACUUUUGAAUUAUUAUCACUUGGUCAUGGUUAUGUUUUAUAUGAGACUGAUUUUCCAACUGGUGUUAAUGAUCCAGCUGUUUUUAAAGCUACAGUUAAUGAUAGAGCUUUAGUAUAUGUUGAUGAUUAUCUUGUUGGAACAUUAAGUCGUACAUUAAAAAUUAAAACUUUAAUUAUUCAAAAUCCUUAUGCAAAACGUAUAAGUGUACUUGUUGAAAAUCAAGGACAUUUAAAUUUUGGAAAUCUUGCAGAAGAUUGGAAGGGAAUGUGGAAAGCAACAAUUGAUGGAAAAAAAAUUAAUAAUUGGAAUGUUACGUCAUUUAGUUUGGAUAAUAUACAACCACUUGAUAAAUAUACAACAAUUAAUUAUGCAAAUGAAAAUUUAAUAAAUGGUCCAGUUUUUCUUCGUGCUUUUGUUAAUAUUGAAGGUGAACCAUUGGAUACAUAUAUUGAUCCAACUGGUUGGGGUAAAGGAAUUAUUUAUAUUAAUGGAAAUAAUAUAGGACGUUAUUGGCCAACUGUUGGACCUCAAGUUACACUUUAUGUUCCAUCUGUAUGGCUUAAAACUGGAGAAAAUGAAAUAAUUAUAUUUGAAACAGAAUAUAUACCGGCAAAUAGAAAAAUGAAAUUUGUAACUACUCCAAAAUUGGGAUAA